UUUUGGGAACUAUCAAACCCAAAAAUCACGUGGGGAAAAAACACAACAAAAUAUUUGGCUGUGUUUAUCAGAAGGUGAAGUUCAGUUAUCCCUGGUAUUUGGAGCAUGCAUGAACAAAGGAUUUGUUCUCCCAAACACAGCAGACCCCAAAUGUUUUCCUCAGCCUCGCUGCGCUUCCACGUCAUCGUCCAUCAUUUUUUUUUUCUUCCCUCGACCACUCCAUCCUUUAAAACUGCUGCAAGUCCUCCACUUAACUAUUUGCACCACUGUUCAGCGGCUGGAAGCAGAGUUAUUGUAGCCGACAUGAGGCUGGGUCUCGCCACUCUCGUGUGUUUCUUCAGCUUUGUGUGGCUGUCGGACUGCGCUCCUCCGACCUGCUACUCCAGAGCGCUCGACCUGAGCAAAGAAGUCAUGGCUCUGCUGGAUAAAAUACACACGUACCAUCGCACGAAAGUGUGCGCCGAGGUUCUUCCUACGAUCUUCAUUGAUGUGCAUAACUCGUGCAUCACAACCAAGCUCCGUGACUUUCUCUAUGUGGUGCUGAACCAUCCUAACCAGUACUGCAGAGACCGUCCCAGAAUGGUGCUGCUGAAACGUAAAAUCCAGAACUUGUACAAAAUUAUCACCACAAUUUGUUAUCGGGACCUGGUAUCUUUCACACACGACUGUGAGGCUAUUGAUACUGGACACGUUACCCCUUACUAUGCAGAGGACAGGCUUCAGCUACUGCAAGAGGACAGAUGAGCAACACACAGAGCAGAUGACCAAUCAUUGGUCCGUCACAUUCAUAAAAACACAUAUGCAGAAUGGUAAAGCAUGCACAAUACACACCACAGUCUGCACUGCAUUAGGAUGCAUCAUAGGCAACACACAUAAUGAUGUUUCAUGUUGUACCAAGUUGGCUCUGCGUUAGCUGCAGACUCAUGUUAGUAGACAUGUGUGGCUACAUUCCAGCAAGGAGUGCAGAACUUUCCACAGGAAAUUUGCUGAAUGCCAACCAUGCCGAAGUAAACCUUGAAAUAAUAAACCAAUAAGAGAUGCUUGUGAGCCAGGCUUAACCGCUGCUUACUUACCAGGGCUGAUCAAAGCUUCUUGUGUCAUUAAGAGUAAUAUGUUGUGUUGCUAUAACCCUUGGUCUGACUAACAUGCCUUAAAGGAGCACUGUACAGUAUUUUCUAAAACAUGGCGAUUGAAAAAAUGUUAUGCAAGAAGUUGAUGUCCAAAGCAUUGCUUUCUCACACUUGUACGCUGUGUUCCCUCAGAGUUUUCUCAUAUAGAAAGCUUUUAUAACUUGUUUAUUCCAAAAUAGUUAGGAUAGUGCUGUUUCAAAGCAGAAUAGAUAAUAGAGCCAUCACUGACAUAAACUUAUUAGAAACAUGCCUGUUUUUAUGCAUACUUAAUGACGAUCUGUAUACGUCUACCAUUAUGUAAUAAAAUCUCUUUAUGUAUCA